AAAUCCCCAAAUCCUAACUCCAAAAUUUACUGGGACCAUCACAUUCAACUCAAAAAUCAAGAAGUCGUAGUCGCCUCAACGAGGAAAUAAAUGUUACUUUGCCUCCCUACCGAUACUUUCCUCUCCAUUUCCCGAUUUCUAUCCGUAUAAAUACCAACUCAACAUUUCCCCAUCUCCUCUCAAAAUCGCAAGCGACCAAGAUCAUCGACGAUGGCCACGAUCAGCUACUGGCUCGCGAACCACCCGUCAAUAAUAAACUUCCGAUGGAGCCACGCCCAGUCAUGGGGCUCCACGUGGUCCUUCCUCGUAGCCUCCAUCGCCCUCUACAACCUCCUCUCCCUCUCCCUCCACCUCCUCCUCCUCCUCAUCAAGAGGGAUGGGGCCCAGGGAGCGGGGCGGCGCCGUUACUGUUUCCCGGUGGUGGUGGCGUGCCAGUUCGGGCUGAUGGGUUGCAACCUGGUGGGCCAUCUCGGGUUCCUGGCGCUCCACUUUUGGAAAGGGGGGUGCAACGGGAUGGGGGCCUGGCUGUUCAAUUCGGUGCUCAAUGCGGCCCUGCUGACGCUGUUCCUGAAUUGUCACGUGAGGAGAGCUGUUGAGAGGAGGAAGAGGACGCUGCCUCUCGACGAUGAUGGUGAUUGUGGAAGUCAUCGUUGUGGCCGGCCGGCGCCGCAGAAAAUUUUCCAGGGGAAGAAGGAGAAUUGAUUAGUGAAGAGCCUCUGGAGAGGUGUAAUCUGUAAAUAUUAAUUUGUUUGGGUUUUAAUUUAUACGGAAAAUAGAGUUCAAUGUAAUUGUGAAAUUAAGAUAGCCCUGUUGUGCGGGAGUUUUUUUUUAUUUUUUCUCAAUUAAAGAAAUAGUUGA